GAAAUUUGUUAAAGUUAUUUCGAUUUUCGUUUCUUACUAUUUAUUUUCGAGUAUACGAAAGGUAUAUCGAGCAAAGCAACACGACAAACAAGCGAUAUUUUAUAAAAAAUAGUACCACGUCCAGUCUCAAUCUUUUACCGAUGGUUCGUCGCUCCUUUUCCUUAAUCGGAUUAUCAACGUUCCACAAGAAGAUGAAACACCAAUAAAUAUACGAAGCGAACCUAAAUUUCUCCGUAGAACGAGGUCAGAGUAAGAUAUCCGUUAACUGACCAGUCGAGUGUCGAACGCUCAACAAAGAGUAUUCUCUAACUGGCGAAGAGAUGUUCUCUCGUAGUGAUUGAAUCCCGUGUCGUCAAAGACGAGAAAUGAGAGCUGCCUGUUUGCUAGUCCUCUUUGCUGUUCUUUGCGCUCGAAGCUCUUUGCAACAGGUUGGCGAAAGAACUAUUGACUCGCAGAGAAUGUUAUCCGUGAACAAUGACGUACCGGAUCUCACGAAAAACGAGAAAAACUGGGACAUGAAAAGAUUGCAGCAAUUGCUGAAACAAGUGACAAAUUCUACCUCGAAUACCACUAAUCUAACUGUUGACAAACAAGGUCCCUGUCAAUGUGGUGGAGGUGUCUGCGGUUGUUGUUCUAGAAUUUUAUACGACACUUGGAAGCAAAAGGCGUGCGUGAACGUCACGUACGAUCCGGAUGAGUUCAGCUUCACAGCGAAAAUUUCAAUGAACGACAGAGUUUUGUACACGAGAACCGUGUCUGGUAUAUUCAUUAUGGAAAAAUCCUCGGCCGAUAUGCGUACCAGUGCCACGGAUUCCAUUUGUUAAAGCGUGCGUUCGCUUCUAUAACAUUUAUUUUCAGGGUAGGAACAUUCACGUGUGUAUAAAUAUGGAAGGGAAGUUCAGCGAUACUACAGUAUUUAAGGUCGGAUUAGAUUGCAUUAGAUUCGGUGCAAACGGCUUGGCUCUGGUAAAGCCAGAAGACGGAGGUGGACUAGGUCAACUAGAAUUCUUGCCAGGUGACGACGAUGAUGAGGAUGAGGGCGAUUAUGAUUACGACGACAACGACGACGACGACGACGACAACGAUGACGAUGAUUUACUUGAUUUCUGA